AUGUCCUAUCCGACACUUCCUCCCACUUUCACGCCCCAGAAACCGCUUCCAGGAGCUUACUUUCAGACUCCUGCCCCCAGCAAUGCCCAGAAUGCGCCGUUUUUCUCCCCCAAGCAGGCUGCUCCUGCUCCUGCUCCCGUAGAGCAGGGUUCACCGGCUUCUCUUCCCAAGCUUCCCCCGGCUGCUUCGAAGUCCAAGUUCCAAACUCUGAGCACAGAAGAGCGCGCUGCGCGGACAGUCAAUGAUACCUUGGUGCAGGAGUCGCGCUAUCCUGACUUGGAUAGCUAUCUUUCUCAGGGUUUCUCGUCCGACUACGAUAUCCCAGUCUCGCCAUCAUGGGCGCCGUUUCAAAAAGUGAAGAUGUAUAAUAUUCCCGAUCAGAUUUUUGACCAGUAUAACCGGGCGCAAGUCUCGACAAGCAUGGGUCUUUUCGCAGAGUUGAAUCAUGCGUGGGUUGCCAUUGACAACGCUCUCUAUAUCUGGGAUUACACACAUCCAAACCCUCAGCUGGUGGGAUUCGAGGAUCAGCCUAACAGUAUAAAUGCGGUCAAGCUGGCAAAACCUCGCGCGGGAGUGUUCCUGCCCUCCAUCACUCACUUGCUUGUCAUUUCAACCACCGCGGAUGUUAUUCUUUUGGGAAUGGGCUGUGAGACGACCGUUGGAGGAGCACGCCAAGUGAGUCUGUAUCAAACGGGCAUGUCAACAUCCAUUCGAGGAUUGGAUAUUCACGUUUUCGCCUCCUCGGACUCGACCGGCCGUAUUUUCUUUGGUGGGUCCUCCGACAAUGAUAUUUACGAGUUCACGUAUCAGCAGGAGGAAAAAUGGUUCCAAGGGCGGUGUUCUAAAGUCAACCAUACCAGCUCCCGCCUGUCAGCCUUUACUCCUUCGCUGAGCUUCACGCAGAAGGAAUUCGAAAAUGUGGAACAGAUGGAAAUUGAUGACACAAGAAGACUGCUCUACACGCUAUCAUCGUCUUCCACAAUUCGAGUUUUCCACAUGAAGCCUGAUGGUACCCUGGCUCUAGCGAUCACAAAACCUGCCUUGGAUAUCUAUUCGAACAUCGGACAUAUAAUUGCUUCGAACGAGACUCUUAACCCCAAGGUCAAAAUUGUGUCCAUCAGUCCUAUUCCAGCAGCCGAGGCGUCGAGAUAUCAUCUAAUGGCCACAACUGCAACAGGAUACCGGAUCUACCUUAGUGCUACGGGAUCCUAUAGCUGGUCUCCGGCACCGAACGGUGCCAAUGCACCGACAAGCAUGCAGGCUCACCAUGUGAAAACUCCUCCAUUCGACAAUCCUUCUUCCGCUGCCUUGGGUUUGGGUAUCCCAGGUCAACCCCGCUUCCAGCAACCGGUAUCUUCAAAGGUCCCUAUUCACUCGCUUGAUCCUACUCGGUUUACCGUGCGAUACCCCCCAGGUUACUUUUUCUGUUUCACGUGCAAGGAUUCCAUGCAGAAAUCAGACUCUCUUUUUAUCUCUUCCCCAGACUCAGGCCGUGUUGCCCGCGCCCAGGACACUGUGAUGCCUGGAAAGGCCUCCGAGACCGCUAUUUGGCUGUCACUGGGUAGUAGGGCGGAAGACAUUGGCCUUUGCUCGCCAUCCGCCGCAGCUUCCACCACCCCCGGAGGCUUUGGUAACGAACUUGCUAUUCAGUUCGAUAACCCAGCAGCAGAGAUCGCUAUCUUGACCAAUACCGGAAUCCACGUCAUUCGCCGGCGACGACUUGUUGACAUGUUUGCGGCGUUGGUACGUGGAGGAGGAGGUGGUGAUGAGGGGCUUGAGGGAGAGAUUAAGAACUUCAUCCGCACUUAUGGCCGAAGCGAAACCCUUGCAACAGCUCUGGCAGUUGCUUGUGGACAGGGAGUGGAAAUCUCCACGGAUUCACGUCUCACUCAGAUCAACGACCCGGAUGUACUUGAAUUCGCUCGCAAAGUUUUCAUUGAUUACGGUGGCCGGCCCACGAUGAACGAAAAUGCUGUCGCCGACAGCUCGACGCCCGCUGUUGACUCUGUGGUCCCGUCCCCGAGACACGCAGGUAUCGCUCUGUACCUUUCAAGACUCAUGCGCUCGAUUUGGAGGAAAGAGAUUGCCACUGUUGGUAGCUCACCAACCGGAGCGCAGACUGUUUCGCCGUCUGUCGCCAUUUCCAAGCUGCAAACUGUCCAAAAAGACCUCUCGGCCCUGCAGGACUUCUUCAAGUCGAACAAGAACUUUAUUGAGGGAUUGAGCGGACCAGAGGCCCUCGCACGUGUUUCUACAAAACAAGAAGAAACUGCUUUGCAGGCAGAGCACCGUGCCCUUCACUCUCUUGUUCAGCUCGUCUCCCAUACAAUCGAGGGCAUUUCCUUUGUUUUGGUACUCUUUGAUGAAAAAGUUGAUGAGAUUGUCGCCACUUUGCCUGACGAGUCUAAACAACGUUUCCUGAGCCUCACAUUUGAAGAACUCUUCAGCACCAGCAAGGGCCACGAUAUCGCGAAAGAAUUGGUCAAGGGUAUCGUAAACAGGAACAUCGCUAAGGGCUCCAAUGUGGAAACCGUUGCUGAUGCUCUGCGGCGGCGGUGUGGCAGCUUCUGCAGUGCUGAGGACGUUGUUGUUUUCAAAGCACAAGAGCUGUUGAAGAGAGCUACCGAGGCUGGCUCUAGCUCGGAGCUGGGCCGCAACUUGCUUAACGAGAGCUUGCAUUUGUACCAGCAGGUUUCGGAUAGUCUGCCCAUGGAUUACUUGUUGUCUGCCGUGGAGACUUACAUUUCAAAUCAAUUUUUUGCGGGUGCGAUCCAGUUGGCUCUCAAUGUUGCUGCACGUUCCGAUAAGGCCAACAUGGCUUUGUCGUGGAUUGUGGAUGGCCGACCCGAAGAUGAUUCUCGGCGAGACUAUUUCUAUUUCAGAAAGCAGUGCUACGAUCUAAUUUUCAAAGUAAUUAUUGCGGUUGAUAAUCUUGCCGCCAACGACCCUGGCGUUGUUGACGGCCAGUUUACGAUCGUUGCGAAGCGUAAAAACGAGGCCUAUGGGGUUAUCUCCGAUUCCACUGAUGAAGUGUUUUUGACAAACUUGUAUGACUGGUAUUUGGAGCAAGGCUGGACCGAUCGCUUGCUUCAGACGGACUCUGCCUUUGUGGUUACUUACUUGCAACGCAAGUCGGCCGACGACAUAGCACACGCAGACCUGCUUUGGCGGUACUAUGCCCAAUCUCAACGAUUUUUCGAGGCAGCCAAUGUUCAAUACCAACUCGCACAGAGUGCCUUUGCUCUUCCCCUCAGUCGCAGAAUCGAAUACCUUGGUCGUGCCAGGGCAAACGCCUCCACUUUCACGCCUGAUGUUGGUCGGCAGUCCCGUCAACGUUUGUUGCAAGAGGUUUCCAAUAUGAUCGAUGUAUCUAACAUCCAGGAUGAUCUUCUGCAACGUCUAAAGGACGACAGACGGAUUGCUCCAGAGCGAAAGCCCGAAGUUCUCAAGGAUGUUGAUGGACCCAUCAUGGAUAUCAGCACUCUUUUCAACCAAUUUGCCGACCCUGCAAGUUAUUACGACAUUUGCCUGCAAAUCUUCUACUUGGCUGAUCACAGAAACUCUGCGGAUAUCAGGUCUACAUGGCAGCAUUUGUUCCAAGAUUUGCAUGAUGAAACUGUCGAAAAAGGAGAGCCGCAGCCGUACGAGGCUGUAAUUGAGAAGGUCCGCAGUCUGGGCAGUCGCUUGCGCAUGUCGGAAAUUGUCUUCCCUAUCCCAGAACUUCUUCCUAUGCUGGAGCGAUAUGCACUGGAGCAUCAACGCGGUGUUGGACCUCCAACAUGGGUUGCUGAUCUCUUCCUUGAUCUUGGAGUCGCACACGAAACAAUCUACACAGUACUGGAAGCCAUGUACUACACCGAUGAAGCUCCGUUCCACGGCUCGAACCGGAAGUACAUUGCCAAGGAUCUACUCUACCUGAUUGAUAUCUGGUUCCAUGAGACCGUUCGCCUGGGUGGAAUUGUAUUCGGCAGUGACCUUGUCGCCGAGCGUAUCUCCGAAACCCUUCUUCUGCUCCAGCAAGGUGGCAUUGCACCCGAGCAAAUGCAACUCGCACAUGAGCUGCGGACGAGGAUUGAGGAUAUUUUGCGGUAA